AUGUGCUACGGCAAGUGUGCGCGCUGCAUUGGACAUUCUUUGUGGGGGCUUGCUCUCCUCUGCAUUGUAGCUAAUAUUUUGCUUUACUUUCCCAAUGGGGAAACCAAGUAUGCUUCUGAAAACCAUCUCAGCCGCUUCGUGUGGUUCUUUUCUGGGAUCCUAGGAGGGGGAAUACUGAUAUUCCUGCCAGCAUCUGUCUUUGUUGGACUGGAGGAGGAAGACUGCUGUGGUUGCUGCGGCCAGCAGAACUGUGGCAAGAGAUGUGCGAUGUUUUCCUCGGUACUGGCUGCCCUCAUCGGAAUUAUAGGAUCUGGCUACUGUGUUAUUGUGGCAGCGCUGGGGUUAGCAGAAGGACCAAUGUGUCUUAACUAUGAUGGCCAGUGGAACUACACCUUCGCCAACACUGAGGGACAGUACCUAGUGGACAGUAUGCAUGGGAACCGCAUCGUGAAAGUACAGAAGAGCAAUAUGACUGCUAAAAGAACCACCUCAAGACAGAACCACAACCAUCCUUAAUUUCAUUGUAAUUUAUAUAUUUUACUUGUAUUAAUUUGUAAAACUUGCAUAUUCUACUUUUAUAAAUGUGUAUAA